CUUGGAACCAAUACACAGUAUUAUUCUAAGGAGGCAAAAGUUAAAAAAAGAGAGAGAGAAAAGAAAGAAACCAUUCAUCUGCGUUCACAGUCUUCCAAAGUCUGCCUAGCUUAACCACUGGAUCAGAAAAUUGCAAUGCCAGUCACCAUGCCCAGCUAACCACUGGAAAAUGUCAUCACCCCGUGUCGGAAGCUCAUCCUGUGUGCCGAUAACCGCAAGGAGAUGGAGGACUGGAUCGCGACCCUGAAGACUGUGCAGAGCCGAGAGCAUUUUGAGUCUGCCCAGUACAGCAUGGACCACUUCUCGGGCAUGCACAACUGGUACGCCUGUUCCCACGCUCGGCCCACUUAUUGCAACGUGUGCCGGGAGGCGCUGUCUGGGGUCACGUCCCACGGGCUGUCUUGUGAAGUGUGCAAGUUCAAGGCCCACAAACGCUGUGCUGUGCGGGCCACCAACAACUGCAAGUGGACGACGUUGGCGUCCAUCGGGAAGGACAUCCGGGAGGACGAAGACGGGAUCUCGAUGCCCCAUCAGUGGCUGGAAGGCAACCUGCCUGUGAGCGCCAAGUGCACGGUGUGCGAGAAGACGUGCGGCAGCGUCCUCCGGCUGCAGGACUGGCGCUGCCUCUGGUGCAAGGCCAUGGUCCACACGGCGUGCAGAGACUCGCUCCUGGCCAAGUGCCCGCUGGGCCUGUGCAAGGUGUCCGUCAUCCCCCCGACCGCCCUGAACAGCAUCGAUUCUGACGGGUUCUGGAAGGCCACGUGUCCCCCGUCCUGCACAAGCCCGUUGCUGGUCUUUGUCAACUCCAAAAGCGGAGACAACCAGGGAGUGAAGUUUCUGAGAAGGUUCAAACAGCUGCUGAACCCGGCCCAGGUCUUUGACCUCAUGAACGGAGGACCCCACCUUGGUUUGCGUUUAUUCCAGAAGUUUGACACGUUCCGGAUCCUGGUGUGCGGCGGCGACGGCAGCGUGGGCUGGGUCCUGUCCGAGAUCGACAGCCUCAACCUCCACAAGCAGUGCCAGCUGGGAGUGCUGCCCCUCGGGACGGGGAACGACCUGGCCCGGGUGCUGGGCUGGGGCUCGGCCUGCGACGACGACACUCAGCUCCCCCAGAUCUUGGAGAAGCUCGAGAGGGCCAGCACCAAGAUGCUGGACCGGUGGAGCAUCAUGGUGUACGAAACCAAACUCCCUCGCCAGGCGGCGGCGGCCAUGGUGACCGAAGACUUCAGCGAGGACUCCGAGGUCCAGCAGAUUCUCUUCUACGAAGACUCCGUGGCUGCUCACCUGUCCAAGAUCUUGACUUCGGACCAGCACUCCGUCGUCAUCUCCUCUGCCAAGGUGCUCUGUGAGACCGUGAAGGACUUUGUGGCUCGAGUGGGGAAGGCCUAUGAGAAAGCCACGGAGAGUUCGGAGGAGUCCGAAGUCAUGGCCAGGAAGUGCUCUGUGCUCAAAGAGAAGCUGGACUCUCUCCUGAAGACGCUGAAUGACGAGUCUCAGGCUUCCUCUUCCCUGCCCAACCCUCCUCCCACCAUCGCAGAAGAGAUGGAAGAUGGCGACGGCUCCGGCGGGGUCUGCGCCUCCACCACGGAGCGCUCCAUCGGUUCGGCCUGCCCGGCCCGGCCCCAGAUCUUCCGGCCUCGGGAGCAGCUCAUGCUAAGAGCCAACAGCCUAAAGAAAGCCAUCCGUCAGAUCAUAGAACACGCAGAGAAAGCCGUCGAUGAGCAGAACGCCCAGACCCAGGAGCAGGAAGGCUUCCUCUUGGGGCUCUCCGUGACUGCCGAAGGCGCCGAGCCGAAGGCCGAGGACAAAGUCUCCCUGCAGGCGUCCCACGGCGGGAACGGCAGCGUCUCCCGAGGGAGAAGCCACCGCAAAGUGUCCAAAUCCCCUUGUGAGAAGCUCAUUAACAAAGGAAGUCUGUCCCUGGGCAGCUCUGCGUCUCUUCCUCCCCAGACAGGAAACCGGGACAACCUGCCGAUGCUGAACACCAAGAUUCUGUACCCAAAUAUCCGGGCUGGGAUGUCCAGUUCCUUACCUGGUGGUUCAGUCAUCAGUCGUUUGCUAAUCAAUGCAGAUCCCUUUAACACUGAACCAGAAAAUCUAGAAUGUUACACAGAGAAGUGUGUCAUGAAUAACUACUUUGGAAUUGGGCUUGAUGCCAAGAUCUCCCUGGAUUUCAAUAACAAGCGAGAUGAGCACCCAGAGAAAUGCAGGAGCCGUACCAAGAACAUGAUGUGGUACGGGGUUCUGGGGACGAAGGAGCUGCUGCAUCGCACCUACAAGAACUUGGAGCAGAAGGUCUUGCUGGAGUGUGACGGGCGUCCCAUCCCGCUGCCCAGCCUCCAGGGCAUCGCCGUCCUCAACAUCCCCAGCUACGCCGGAGGCACCAACUUCUGGGGAGGCACCAAGGAGGACGAUACGUUCACAGCCCCGUCCUUCGAUGACAAGGUCCUGGAAGUGGUGGCCGUCUUCGGCAGCAUGCAGAUGGCCGUGUCCCGCGUCAUCAAUCUGCAGCAUCACCGCAUCGCCCAGUGUCGGACUGUGAAGAUUGCCAUCCUGGGGGAUGAGGGCGUCCCUGUGCAGGUGGACGGAGAGGCCUGGGUCCAGCCACCCGGCUACAUCCAGAUCGUCCACAAGAACCGGGCACAGACUCUGACUAGGGAUCGGGCCUUUGAAAGCACCCUCAAAUCCUGGGAAGAUAAGCAGAAAUGUGAGCUGUCGCGGCCACCUUCCUUCUCCCUCCACCCAGAGAUCAUGUCUGAGGAGGAGUCCACACAGAUGCACCAAUUUGGCCAGGCGGCUGGGGCCCUCAUCCACAGCAUCCGUGAAAUAGCCCAGUCCUGCCAGGACAUCGAGCAGGAGCUGGCCCACGCCGUCAAUGCCAGCUCCAAGUCCCUCAACAGAGUCUACGGGAAAUCCAAACCCAGCGAGGGGCUCAACUGCACCUUCGUCCUGGAGCUGGUGAACAACAUCCGAGCCCUGCACAACGAGACCGAGCUGCUGCUUGCGGGGAAGAUGGCCCUGCGGCUUGAGCCACCCCACAAGGAGCAGCUGGGGGCAGCCCUGGCCGACACGGACCUUCAGCUGAGAAAGCUGGCCGACAUCCCCUGGCUGUGGCAGCUCAUGGAGCCCAGCGACGACGAGAACCUGACGACGCUGGAGUUCUCCAAACGCGGCCGCAGCGGCAAAUUCCGCCUCGUGACCAAAUUCAAGAAGGAAAAAAGCAGCAAGAAUAAGGAGCUCCGCGGCAGCGGCCUCCCUGCUUCCCUCUGGGGCCCGGAGGAGGUCGCGGCCUGGCUAGAGCACCUCAGUCUUUGUGAGUAUAAAGAGAUCUUCAUCCGCCACGACAUCCGGGGCCCCGAGCUCCUGCAGCUCGAGCGGAGAGACCUCAAGGACCUCGGGGUGACCAAAGUGGGCCACAUGAAGAGGAUCCUUCACGGAAUCCGGGAGCUGAGCCGGAACCCUCCUGCCAGCGAGGCCUGAGCAGCGUCUUCACAGCCUGCGCCUGCCCCUCCUCUGCCCACUGAAGCGUCCACCGCGGGGCCCGGCGCGCCCCCUGCCUGCCUCCUGGGAGGGGGGCGCAGCUUCUAUCAUGGUGCUACUCUUCCCGAGCCGGGCCCGGGCAGGCCUCCUCACACAGCAACACAGCUACCUUCCGAGCCGCCGGCCCCCUCCUCUACUCCCUCCUGGCCUGCUGACAAACAACCCCCCAAAUAGCCCCAGGCCGGGGCACGAAGAAGAGCCGCCAGCCCCAGCCCAUGGGAAAGGCUCCUGGAGGGAGGACAGGCCCUGUCUGGAAUCCUGGGGGACAGUCCCCGUCUUACGGGCCAGGAGCCUCGGGCAAAUGCUUGAAGGACCCCAGAGCUCUUCUGAAGCCUCCUUGGAAGCCCCCCCCAUUCCUCCUGUCCCCCCAACAAGCAUGUUUCUGGAGAAGCUUAAAGGAGAUAGUCAGGAGAGCCCCCGUCCAUUCCUCUGGGGACAGAAUGAAGGUGUAUCAGAUUAAAUGAACAAGAGAACCCCCUUCCGCCCCCCAACCUGUCAGGCUUACUUCCCAGUGUGUACCCCCUCGGGGAGGAUUCGUGGGGCCUUUUCAGAAGGGGAAGGUCUCUGGUCUUCUUCAUCCUGAUCAUUAUUGUAUGAGGGUCAGAACGCUCUUCCCCAAUGAAGCCACUAAGAAGUUGUUGUUUUUCAGGGGUAAGAAGGGGGGUGCCGAGUCGUCUGCCCCAUCCGUCCCUGGGGUUCCUUCGUCUCCUUCCUCACUCACGAGAUCUCACCACACAUCAGCCAAGUCUGUUCCACAAAUCUUGAUAAACGGCGGCUGUCAGACACGGGACGAUCCCCGGCCCCCGGAGCCGACCCCAGCCGGGCCCCCAAAGCUGCAGAAGAGACGUUCCCACACCCUCCUCCAGGCGGGGAAACAUCGGGCCACGUCCUAGUCUCCUCGAGGUCACGAAUCCACCGUGAGAGCAGCGCCGCCAUGGCUCUUGAGAAGCUGGAGCGAGCAGAAGGGCCGGGCCGAGGGCCUCAACAGGGAGCCUCCAGGAUGGCCCGAGAGACCCCCCAGCCAGCGGCCCCUCUCGGAAUGGCGCUCGCUGUGCAGGGACCAGGAACGUUUGGUUAGGUUCGCCAACCACCGGUGAAGGAAGAAGCCCUGCCUGAGAGCCGCCCUCUCGUUUUACAGAGCGGGAAACUGAGGCCCAGAGACCUUUCCUUGCCAGACGGCCCGAGGUUCAUGCAUGGCUUGACGGCUGGGCUCCUGAAAUCGUUCCUUGUUAGAAGGAAGGAGCGAGCAGAGAUCCUCUUUCCAUCCAGGCCUGCCGGGAUCCCUUCUGGGCACGAGGCUGUGCCACUCUCAGGGGAUCCUCUUCUGAGGAAGCUUCACGCCAGGCCUGUGACCUCCCCCUCCGGGUCUGUGUGCCCACCUGCUGCCGAUAAGCUACCAAAUCAGGCCGACGGAGAUCCAGCCGAGUUACUGACACAAAUUUUGGAAAACGUCUGAUUUCAUUCAAGAGCUCUAAUAUUGUGGGGGGUUCCGGGAGCCCACAUGGCGACGGGCCUGCAGCCACCACAGAGGCCUGGAGGUGUCCCACCCCCUGCUCGAGAAUUCCCCAUGGGGGUCCCUGGGGGAGGGGGUGGCACAUGACCACCCACCAGGUUGUCUGAGGAAAUGCUUUCCAUGGGAGCCUUAUUGGUCCUGAAAGUACAAUUGAAAGAAGCACCCGCUGACAUGAGUGUUCUGGACAAUCUCCCUUAGAUGAAUCAAGAUGGAACUUGGAAGCCCAAACCAAAAAGCGAGGCAGGGCCGCGACUCCCUCCUGGGGUCCAGAUCCUGCCCCCAGACUCGUGCUUGCCGGCCGGGAUUCUGGGCCGUUCACUCGGGUGCUCUCUGCCUCAGUUUCUCCACCUGCCCAGUGAGAGGGUUGCCCUCCGGGGCCUUCCCAGCUCCAACCCUGACCCCGCGCCAUGUCAGCCGUCUCUCCAGGAUCUCGUUAAGGAGUUCUGCUUGUUUCAUUUCAGCCCAUCAGAGUCCACACAGCAGCUCAGCGGCUUCUGCUGGACGUCCUCCUGCCGUUUGUCCACGUGAGGGAAGGAGGGAGCUGAAGGGCACUCGGGGCACACGUGUCGGGGCUCUUGGCGAGCGUGCGGAUCUGCCGAGGGUCCAGUUGGUGGCCUGGAGAGGCCCUCGGUUUCUCCUCCUGGCAGGCUGCCUUGUGGCCACUCGGCACGUGGGCAUCUCCACCAGGACAGGGACGGAGACGUGCAGCCUCGGAUCCGCCGGAGCACUCUUUGGACAUUUAAAAUGAAAAACGGAGUUAAAGGGAGUUUCCGAUGCCGACGAGGCCUCAUUUCCCAGCGUGGCUAGAAUUGGGGGUCCUCGUUAGCAGAGGAAGGUGCCGGCCCGGCACCCCUCAUGGAGGACGGCGGCGACACAAUUCUUCUGGUCCGCCGUGGUUCAGUGCAGGUUGGGCGCGGCUGUCCCGAGAGCUGGUGGGCCGUCAUCAGAGGCCUCCGACCGUUAGGAAGCAUCUUUGUGUCCGGCAAAAGCCUCGUCUGGGCGGCCCCUGCCGGCUCCUCGCCGCUCCUGGCUCUGCCUCCAGAGCCCGUCUCCCACCCUGCAGCUGCCGAGGAAAACGCUGCCGCGCCUGAGCCUCCUCGAGGCCUCCCCCUGGUCUGCCCCCUCGGCUCCAGGCAGGCUGUGACCAGGGACUGGCCCUUCUCUCGCUGACCGCCGCAGCCGCUUCUGUGUGUGCUGCCUCCGUGGGCACCGCUCCGUGCCCGCCACGCCGCCCGGCUUUCUGAGCUCGGAAGAAGGCCCGACGUUAUCCCUGCAACGUGUCGUCGCCCCGAGUCCGUCUCCAGGACCUCCUCCUGACGUUGUCCCGCUAGCUGUGCGCCCCUCCGGGCUCUGGCCCGCGUCCUUCUCUCGGUCCUGAACCUUCCCAGCAGCCUCUGUCCAGGCCGCCCUCCCGUCGUGUCCCGAGGAGGAUUCCAGCCUCUUUGGUGACUUCGUGCCGGGCUGAACUCCACAAGGGAUCCCCGGGCCUCCCUCUGCCCGCCGGGCUCGGCCUGCUCCAGAGACCGACGGCCCGCCAGCCACCUCGUUCUCAGGAAUCCCGCUCUGGGCCUCCCCAUCAUUGUUGGCGCCUCUCCCAGCAGACGAGAAGAGCCGCGUCUGACCCGAAGGGAGGAGCAGGUUCUCGUCUCCCCACGGCUCAGCUCGGCCCUCGCAGCCACAACUUGGACCGGCCCAUUUCCGUUCUAUUCGGUGCGUCUCCUCGCUCCCACGUCCCUCCCUCUGCCUCUGCCCCUCCACGGCUGCCCAGGCCUCCCUCAUGCCUCCUCGUCUCCUGGGGAGGCCGAUCUCCCGUUCCAUUCUCGGACCCGGACCCCAACUUUGUUCCUGUUUAGGGUGUCCAGCCCCCCUCUUUGCCACCUCUGAAGCCCACAAGGACUCCCUUCCGUCACCUUGUCCGAGUCCUGUGGGAGGCCUGGAGAUCGUGCCGGUGGUGGGGGGGGCCUUCCCUCGGCCUCCGCAGCCUCCCCCGACGUGGACGCCUCCUUCUGGAGUUCUGACCCCGGUCUGGACUGCUCAGGGAAGUCCAGGCGGUUCGCCAAGGUCAGCCUCGGUGAAUGGAAUCCGCUUUUUUCUUCCUGAGAAUCCGGACAUUUGCCCACCCUCUGCCGGCUCGCCUUCCCUUUGGGGGUUCCCGGGGGGUCGCUCUCUGCUCCCACUGGACCACCCUGCCUUGUUUCCUGGCUCAGCUGCAUGCGUGACGGAUGGCGGAGAGGGGAGCUGCGACGGGCCUCCCGGGGAAAGAGGCUCCUAGGCCACGGAGAGGCCCCUGGGGGUGCUUCAGAGAAAGAUGGCGCCCGGCCCGAGGGACGGGGCAUGGCAGGCCUCCUCUCGGCCCUCCCCACGAGGCCAGGCUGGGCAGAAACGCCCCCAUUUUACAGAGGAGACGAGCGAAGAGGCGGCUCUCGUAGGUAGCCCAACCAGCACGUGCCGGAGCCUGGGCUCAGCCCAAGGUCAUCGGAGGGGCCGCUCGUGCCAGCUGCCCUCUGGGGUUCUGGUAGUGGGGCCCCCCCAUCCCCCCACCCCAGCAGCAAGGCGCCCCCGUGUCGGCCGGCCUCCUUGAUCGGGCGAGGAGGAUCCCCGGCCUCGCUUCAUUGGUCCCGAGUGCAGAAGGGCCUUCAGUGCCAGCCAUCUGCGGCCGGGGUCGGGGCCGGCCUUUGCCUCGGCACGCGUGCUGAGGCCCCGGCAGACCCCCGGCUCCCCCCCGGGCAGGGCGAGGACGCCCCACGCCGCACCCCUCCCCAGGAAGGGGGUUUCCCAGCCUGCCCCAAGGACAAGCUUUUGCUUCUCGUCUUCGUCGCCGCGUGUUCUCCGUGGUAAAAGCCCAAACCAGCUUGUUUACGUGACGUCGCGGUUCUGUUCUAAACACGUGUGUGCUGUCCGCGGACACGGGCCCUGCAUGCGGGGAGGAGGAGCCGAGGAGGGACCCAGCCGAGGCGUCGUGCCUUAGGACGGCCCCUGCCCCCCCUUAUUUAUUCCCUUAAUUUAUACGGUGGUUCCCCAGACCCGACGCCUCUUGUAUCGAAUGUACAUAGUUCUCAUCUGGCUGUUGUAAAUACGUCCUUCUUGUACAUAAAGGAAGCUUGUUUUCCAUCCUU